UUUCUACUCCGCGCAAACAGAUCAUUCGCAUUUGACCCACUUUCUGACUUCCACGAACGCAGCUCUCUCUUUUCGCUUCAAGAUCAUCAACGGUAGCGAGCAAGGCUGUAGAAACCAAGAAAACGGUCCAACCAGAUCCGAGAGAUAAAGAGAGGAGGGGGGGGAAAAUGGACAUGAAAAAGAGAAUUCACCUAGAACUGAGAAAUAGGACGCCGUCGGAUGUUCAGGAGCUUGUCCUGGAUAACUGUCGGUCGAACGAGGGGAAAAUGGAGGGCAUAACGGAGGAGUUUGAGAACCUGGAACUGUUGAGUCUCAUCAACGUCGGCCUCAUCAACGUCUCAAACAUACCCAAACUGGGGAAAUUAAAAAAGUUGGAGCUAAGUGACAACAGGAUAUCUGGUGGAUUGGAGGUGCUGGCUGAGAGGCUGGUCAACCUCACACACCUCAACCUCUCUGGGAACAAGUUCAAGGACAUCAGCACACUGGAACCACUGAAAAAGCUUCCCAUACUGAAGUCCCUGGACCUGUUCAACUGCGAGGUCACCAACCUGGGAGACUACAGGGAGAGCAUCUUUAAGCUCCUCCCGCAGCUCACGUACCUGGAUGGCUACGAUAUCGAAGACUGCGAGGCCUCCGACUCGGACGGCGAGGGAGACGGGGUCGAGGAUGAAGACGAUGAAGAGGGGGAGGAGGGAGAGUCUGAAGAGGAGGAGGACGAAGAGGAGGAGGAUGACGAAGAGGUCGUUGCAGAGGAAGAUGAUGACAGUGGGGAGAGUGGAGAGGAUGGGGAGGUGAACGGAGAUGAUGACGAAGACGACGAUGAAGACGACGAUGACAACGAAGAGGAUGGCUCUCCUGUGAAAGGAGAGAAGAGGAAGAGGGAUCCUGAAGAUGAGGAUGAAGACGAUUGAGUGUCCCUCCCCCGUCCCACACACCCCUCGAUAUCUGAGAUCUCCCGGCCCCUCCAUAUCUCAGAUACCCCUCCAUAUCUCAGAUACCCCUCCAUAUCUCAGAUACCCCUCUCUGGCCUUUAGUUGCCCUUUACUGCCGCUAUCACCCGUCUCCCCUUUUCCCCCAAACCCUCCAGCCAACCUAGUGGCACCCUAUUCCCUAUAUAGUGCACUACUUUUAACCAUAGCCUUGAAAAAGCCUAUAGGGUCACAAGUAGUGCACUAUAUAGGGAAUAGGGUGCUAUUUGGUACUCCAUCCUACACGCGCACCCCUUUGCUUAAGUUGCCCUGUGUUGUGGUCAUUUCGGGGGGGGGGGGGGGGGUCUGGGUAUAA